AUGCCUAUGGCGGCCGCAACCAUGGCGAUACUCCUCUUUGUGUAUACGCGCACGUCCAUCAACGCCGCAAAGACCAAUGCCAAGAUGCAACGCGAAGCCGACGGUGGACAGAUAUCGUGGAGAAACCAAAGCCUGCGUCAACACGGGCAGCUUCCCGACGAGCCGCUGCCUGGGCAGAGCGGUGUUGCGAGGGUCAUUGAUAGGGUUUCGACGGGGAGGGGUGCGGGUGGUGAAAGGGCAACGGUUGAGGGAGUGGGGGGCGAGGAUGCGAGAAUUAGGGAUAAGGCAAGGGAGAGUAGAGCGAGAUAG